GCGCGCUUGCAAUAAGGAUCGUUUUAGUGGGAGUGUGCCUUUGUGUGUCCUACAGGGAGGUUUUAUGAAAUGGGAUAAUGUAUUGACUCAACAGGAAACAGACUUCGGUUUAGAGUAGUACAUCGUCAGAGGACAUGAACAAAACACUAGUCGGUGAUAUAAACGCAGAGAGGCUACUUGAUUGUGCUGUAGAAGUUUUGACAUGUUUCCGGCAGUGCGGCGCGUUUUCAGCAUACCCUCUUCUGUUUAUGUGCUAGAAUAAGAAGAAGUGUGAUUUCGUUUGAUACAUUUGCCUUGCGGGCUACAAAGGACACUGUUGAAUUUGACAAUGAAGGAGAAAACACCUGGUCGCGCUAAAAGCCGUUGGACUUCAACAGCAGCAACAGCUGGAAUAGUUCUGCUGAGUUUGUUUGCAUGGUCUUGUCACGCAGAAGAAGCGUCUUGUCACGGAGCUUACGACUUGUACUUUGUUCUAGAUAGGUCGGGGAGUGUUUCUAACGACUGGGGUGAGAUUUAUGCCUUUGUGAAGAAUCUGACAGAUCGAUUUGUGAGCCCCAGCAUGAGGGUCUCCUUUAUAGUGUUCUCGUCUUCAGCCAAAGUGAUGUUACCUCUCACUGGAGACAGGUAUGAAAUCCAGGAAGGCCUGGAGAGACUGAGAGAGGUGAAGCCUGCAGGGGAGACCUACAUGCAUGAAGGGAUUAAAGAGGCAAACCUUCAAAUCAAAGCCCAAGCGACCAAGUCCUCCAGCAUCAUCGUGGCUUUGACGGACGGAAAGCUGGAGGUCUAUGUACAUGAACUAACAGUUGAAAUGGCCAACGAUGCAAGGUACUACGGUGCUCGGGUGUACUGUGUUGGUAUCAAGGACUUUGACGAGCAACAGCUAGCCGAGGUGGCUGACACCAAAGAUCAAGUGUUUCCUGUUAAAGAUGGCUUCCAUGCACUCAAAGGCAUUGUGAAUUCAAUAUUAAAGCAGUCCUGUACAGAGAUCCUGACAGUGGAGCCUUCCAGUGUCUGUGUGAACCAGUCGUUUGACAUCGUGCUUCGAGGGAACGGCUUCUCUGUGGGACGAGGCAACGGCGGGGUCGUCUGUAGCUUCAUGGUGGGCCAGCAGAUCUACAACAGGAAACCAAGCGUUGUGCAGAACGAUUAUCUCCUGUGUCCUGCACCGGUGCUGUAUGAGGUCGGAGCGUCGAUGGAUGUGCUGAUCAGUCUGAACCAUGGGAAAUCCUUCAUCUCUAGUGCCUUCACCAUCCACGCCUCAACAUGUUCGGACGGCUUCACUGUAGCCAUCGUCUUCCUGGUGCUGUUGUUACUGGCAGCGUUGGUAACUGCUUGGUGGUUCUGGCCUCUCUGCUGCACCGUGGUCAUUAAACCCCCCCCUCCUCCUCCUGCUCCUUUGCGGCCUCCACCACCCGAGCCAGAGGAGGAAGACCACCUGCCCAAGAAGAAGUGGGCGACUGUGGACGCCUCGUACUACGGAGGGAGAGGAGCAGGAGGGAUCAAACGCAUGGAGGUGCGUUGGGGAGAGAAGGGCUCGACAGAGGAAGGGGCGAGGCUGGAGAAGGCUAAGAAUGCUGUAGUGUCUGUUCCUGAGGAGGUGGAAGAGCCAAUGAUGGCCAAACGGACCCCCAAACCCAAACCUACAUACCAACAGCGCCAGGAGUCCAAAUGGUAUACCCCUAUAAAGGGUCGACUGGAUGCGCUGUGGGCAUUGCUUCGGCAACAGUACCACAGAGUUUCUCUCAUAAGACCGACCACAGCGGACAAGGGGAAAUGUAUUAAUUUCAGCCGACUGCAGAACCGUUAGAGGACAAAGAAUAUAAUCUACAAUGAUUACUGUUCUCUUGUUAAAAGCAAAAUAUUUUUGAAGAUCUAAAAAUCCCCCCAAAAAAUCAAAAAAAAACACAAUCCAUUUUGCUUCACUCUAUAUUGUGCACAAAAUGGAGGACUCUUCUCCAUGAUAUCUCCUGUUUUCUCAAAAAUCAUACUCAUAAGAACAUUUACAUUUUUUCAUCCAUCAAUAACUGGAAUAUAUAAACUCCAUGUUUUUCCACUUGUCGUAUUUUUUUAAAAAUGUGUAUUUUCUUUCACAAGAAGCCAAAGCGAAUAAAAGUACUGGACAAAAUGGCCGUUCGGAUCCAGAUGUUAUUUUUUUUUGCACUAAAGGAUUAACAUAUUUUGACCAUAUUGUGCCUUCUGUGGAAAACCUUAUUUCAUGGGCACAGACGGAAGCUAUCUAAAAAAACACACAAAAAAAAAAAACACAGCGAGCGAGAGAGAGAGCAAGACUGCCUUUAGCGUGGCAGUAUGAAUACUCCCAGCAGGCCUCGACACACAGUGCACAAGUCCAUCGCCUCUUGGCAACGUCUCGUCACAAAUCCUCUCCAACUCCUCUCCCUCCACUAUCGUUUGAAAGAUGCCCGGCGGGACCCCCUAUGAACGUAUAUCCUGUCAUUUUAACACUGAGAAGUGCACACGCAUGAUAAACUGUAGUCAGUCAGGACGCCCUAAGGUAUUGGAAGCAGUAGCUAAGACAUUUACCCUUUAGUUUUGUGAAGACACCUUUCUUUCAUUAUGCACUGGGGACAAGGGGGAAGUUAUUAGAGCGUUAUCCCACCGCGGGCCGGGCCGGGCCGGGACAGGACAGCCCCUCUGACCAGACCAUCACAGCUCUCUUCUUCAGACUAGGUUUAAGGGAUAGGCUGCCUGAAGCCCCUGACAUGGUGCUUGGCUGUGUUCCCCUCGGUUUUGAUGCAAUCUGCUGUAUGCUCACUAAGGCGUACAACAUCACAACCCAAUAAACAUGACAGUCAGUCAGUUGAAGAGUUUUAAAAUAUAGAUAGAGCUGUCUCCAAUGUCACUGCUACCCUUUCCCUCUGUCUCCAAUGUCACUGCUCCCCUUCCCCUCUGUCUCCAAUGUCACUGCUACCCUUUCCCUCUGUCUCCAAUGUCACUGCUCCCCUUCCCCUCUGUCUCCAAUGUCACUGCUACCCUUCCCCUCUGUCUCCAAUCCUCCAAGGACCUCCCUGCUUCUACCCUUCUGUCUCCAAUCCUCCAAGGGUCUCCCUGCUUCUACCCUUCUGUCUCCAGUUCUCCAAGGACUUCCCUGCCUCCCUCCAGUCUCAGCCCUAUAGCUUCCCUCAGCCGCAGAAAAUCAACGUUUAAUUAAAAUAAUUAAAGAGAACAGCAAGCAGCAGCCUGUGAAGAUUUGGUCGUCUUUUUUGUAUUAUUGCUUUUGACAUUGAAUGACCUAUAACUGUACGUGCAUUAUUUGGAGAGAAAGAGGCCAUCCCAUCCUGUCUCCUUGGUGACGGUUUGGUGCACCCUGGCUCUCCGAAACCCAAACGUAAAACCAAGGCAAUGGAUGUGACGUACGGAUAAGUAUUGUUCAAAUGAUGUUACCAAGCCUCGCAUGCAGCGCUCCACGACCCCCCCCCCCCCAAAAAAAAAAGAAAAACGGUAGUAUAUAUAUUAGUUGUAGAUUUCUCAAGCGUGUUGUCAUGACGCCAAUCCCAAAAUGAUGUCAGCGAGAGAGGAGCAUUGUGGGGGAGGAAAGGCAGCAGCUGAAGAGAAAUGGCUCCAACGAUCCAGUCACUUUGGAUACGGUACUUCAGAUGCAAAAUGGAUAUUCGAGCCGAAACCUGACAAAGCUCGCCCGGUUUUGAUGGGAACCGGUAUAGACAAUGACCAGUGGCUGGGUCAGUGGGAUGUCUCUGUGCAACCAGGGAAGCUUAUCAUAUGACACUAAAAAUAAGUUCAACAACCAUCAAGUUUCAGGGGGAAUGGGCCAGGAUUUUCACAUUUGGUGGGCAUGCAAGUGCACGAGACGGGUUGGGCGUGCACAACGUCGUCUCUGACUUAAUUAUUGCUUUGUUUUUUUAUCUGGGUAGACAGGAAGGGACAGGAAUGACACUGAUGGUCAGAUACACAAUCCUUAGGGUGCUGUGAUAUUAGUUUCAUACAUAUAUUUUUUGUCUCUUGUCUAAUUUCUCAGUUUAACAUUUUUGGUCAGAUAAUCAGCUUCGUUUAGAUAUAUUUAACCUUUUUUUUUUUUUUACAUUCAAUUUUUAUGUUACAUCUGAACCCAUACUAAUGAGUUAUUUACAUACCGACCAGAACACAGCUAUCCACCCUAGCAUCGCUUCACACUGGCUUUAGGAGGCAUCUCUAUCGCCUCUUGUGCCAUUUCCAAAUGUUCCAUGGAGAGAUCAAAUGGUUCACUUUUUAUAAAUACAAAAAUAUUUUUAAUAUUGGUUUAAAAUUGUUAAUACGCCAGUGUACUUUGCCUAAUAUUAUUUUCCGAUUAAUAAUUGUAAUGUAUUUUUAU